UUUAGGUCUGAUAGGAGCCAGUGCUAGCAGGAUAACCCGGGUUAGCAGCGGAAACCCUCACGUUAGAGAGCUGCUCGCCCCCUGCCGACCCUCAUGGGUUUGACCAAGCAGUACCUGCGCUACGCGCCCAGCGCCGUGUUCGGCGUCAUCGGCAGCCAGAAGGCCAACAUCGCAUACGUGACUCUGCGCGGCGGGGAGAGGGGGCGCUACGUGGCCGUGGCCGCGUGCGAACACGUCUUCGUCUGGGAUGUUCGGAAAGGAGAGAAGGUUCUGAUCCUGCAGGGGCAGAAGCACGAGGUGAGCUUCCUGUGCCCCUCCCCCGAUGGAGUCCACGUCGCCGUGGGUUACGAGGACGGGGCGGUGAGGAUCUUCAGCCUGCUGAACGGGGAAAGCAGCGUCGCCUUCAACGGCCACAAAACGGCCGUCACCGUCAUGAACUAUGACGCCCUCGGGGCGCGGCUCGUCACCGGCUCCAAGGACACGGACGUGAUCGUGUGGGACAUCAUCAACGAGUGCGGCUUAUACCGCCUGCGGGGUCACAAGGACGCCAUCACGCAGGCCUUGUUUCUGAAAAACAAGAACCUCAUGGUCACGAGCUCCAAAGACAGUUUUGUGAAGUGGUGGGAUCUGGACACACAGCACUGCUUUAAGACCAUGGUGGGCCAUCGCAGCGAGGUGUGGGCUUUGGCGCUGCUGAAGCAGGAGAAGAGGCUGCUGACGGGCUCGGCCGACAGCGAGCUCCGAGCGUGGGACAUCGCCGCCCUGGAGGAGGAUAAAACGGAAGGAGGACCCAAAGUGAAGAAGGGCAAAACUUUAUUGGAGGAAGAUGAAGAUGAUGAGGAGGAAAAAGAGGAUGAGAGUCUUGACGAGCGCAUCUUGAGCUGCAAAAAGGCCGGCUCCAUCCUGAGGGAAGCCCGAGACAGAGUGGUCUCCAUGACGACGGACUCCAGAGCCAGAGUGGUGGCCUGCCAUGGAAACGAUUCUGUGCUGGAGCUCUUCACCGUUCUGACAGAGGAGGAAGUGCAGAGAAAAAUGACCAAGAAGAUGAAGAAAGCCAGAAAGAAAGCAGCCAAAGCUCAGGAGGAGGCAGGAGGAGCCGCCGCUGAGCCGGUGGUGGAGCGGACGCUGAAGGACGAGAUCGUCCGGCUAACCAACAUCAAGGCUUCCGCUAAGAUCAGGUGGGCGGACUGCCUGUCCGGUGCAGGCGGCGAACUGAAGGUGGCGCUGCUGCUGCAGAACAACACCGUCGAGACGUACAGCCUGAAGACUUCAGACGAAAACCCCUCGGCCAAUAAGACGGCUCGCCUGACGCUGGGCGGCCAUCGCACCGACGUGCGCACGCUGGCCUUCAGCUCGGACAACCUGGCCGUCCUCUCUGCCUCCGGAGACACGGUCAAAGUGUGGAACAGGUCGACCCUGCAGGUGAUUCGCACCAUGACCUGUGAGUACGCUCUCUGCUCGCUCUUUGUGCCCGGAGACAGACAGAUCAUCCUGGGAACGAAGAGCGGGAAGCUGCAGAUCUUUGAGCUGGCCUCAGGCAGCCUCCUGGAAACGUCGGACGCCCACGAUGGAGCCGUGUGGUCCCUCUGUCUGGCUCCAGACCAGAGAGGGAUCGUCACCGGAGGCGCAGACAAGACGGUGAAGUUCUGGGAGUUCGAGCUGAUCAAAGACCAGUCGAGCGCUCAGAAGAGGCUGGCGGUCAAACACGUCCGCACUCUGCAGCUGGAGGACGACGUUCUGUGCGUGAGGUUCUCUCCGGACCACCGGCUGCUGGCGGCGUCUUUGCUGGAUUGCACCGUCAAGAUCUUCCACAGCGACACGCUGAAGUUCUUCCUGUCGCUGUACGGACACAAGCUUCCUGUUCUCUGUCUGGACAUCUCGCAUGACAGCACGCUCAUCGCCACCGGCUCCGCUGACAGAAACGUGAAGAUUUGGGGGCUGGACUUUGGCGACUGCCACCGCUCCCUGUUCGCUCACGACGACAGCGUCAUGUUCCUCCAGUUUGUGCCCAAGACUCAUCUGUUCUUCACGGCAGGGAAGGACCGGAAGAUCAAGCAGUGGGACGCCGACAAGUUCGAGCUGGUCCAGACGCUUGAGGGUCACCAUCGGGAGGUCUGGUGUCUCGCCAUCAGCCCCAACGGAGACCACCUGGUGUCGGCGUCUCAUGACAAGUCCCUGCGGCUGUGGGAGAGGACCCGGGAGCCCAUCAUCCUGGAGGAGGAGCGGGAAAUGGAGAGGGAGGCGGAGUUUGAGGAGAGCGUGGCUAAAGGAGACGCGCCCGUGGUUCCCGGAGAGGUGGAGGGGGAGGCGGCGCCGGCGGCGAAGAAGACAGUGGAAACGGUCAAAGCGGCUGAGCGAAUCAUGGAGGCUCUGGAGCUCCACAGGGAGGAGCUCAGGAAGAUGGAGGAGCACAAAUACGCCUGUGAGGGCGCCGGCAAACAGCUCCCUCCUCCAAAGCCCAACCCCGUCCUGGUGGCGUUUGGAAACGUCUCUCCGGCCCGCUACGUUCUGGAUGUGAUCAAGGCGGUGAGAUCCAGUGAGCUGGAGGUUUCCCUGCUGGUGCUUCCGUUCCCAUACGUCCCCGAGCUGCUGCAGCUUUUCAGCAGCUACAUCCACCAGGGGCUGGAGGUGGAGCUCGUCUGCCGCUGCCUGUUCUUCCUUCUCAAGAUCCAUUUUGGUCAGAUCACCAGUAACCAGAUGCUGCUGUCCGUCAUCGACGACCUGCACAGCGUCACCGUGUCAAAAGUCUGUGAGAUCAGAGACGUGAUGGGCUUCAACAGCGCCGCCCUGCAGUUCCUCCAGCGCCAGAUCGAGAGUCAAGAGAACGUGACGUUCUUUGCUGAGGCCACGGGGCGACUGGAGGAGAAGAAGAAGAGGAGGAGGAAGAGGGAGAGAGCCGUCCUGACCAUCGCCUAAGUCCUUGUUCACAUUCGUUCCUCGUCUUCUUUCAGCUUGAUUAUGUUUUCAAUAAAAUCCAGACAACCUGA